AUUCCAGUGCUGGGCCCUGUAUGCCUCCGCCGUUCAAGAAGUUUAGGUGUAAAGUGAGCAUUGAGUCAUAGACGCCCAUUGUCCUUAUUCUAAUACUCAUCCCUUUUCAUCCACAUCUAAUCACCCCGGCUUUCCCAGUGGUACAACGACUCUGGCCAUCCGCGCGUAAACCCGUGGAAACUUGAGCAAGAUGCCCCCGACCGGACAGGCUGCAGGUUCACAGCGUGGAAGUGUAUCUACGUCCACCCAGAGGAUCCAACCUGGGGCACAGCACAACGCUCUAAACCACCCAAGGCCUAUGAAUACCCUGAUAAUCAGGUUCCGAGGACACCAAGCCCGUUCGGUAGGAUACGCAGAACUAGAAGUCCGGAGCCGCGCGUCAAGUACGAACCACAGUCUCCUCGCCUUCCGCGUAAUGGCCAGUCCUCCGACAGAAGCAGGACCCUAUCCCAGGAAUUUCGUCGGGAUUCGUUGUUGGACCGUGUGGACAACCGACCACCGCCGUCUCCCUAUCCACUGGCUCGUGGAAGGAGCGCAGAGCGGGUCUGGGAGACUAACAAGGGCCACCGUACACCGCAGGACUUCUCUCGCGACAGAACCAACAGCGAUCGAGAAGAAGGCUUCAUUAGUGAUCGAGAACGCACCGAGAGCAACAACGACUGGGAUCGUGCCAGUGAUAGAGGUUCCGAACGCAGUCGUGAAUUCAUAAGAUCUCCUGUACGGCAGAACAGCAAGGCCACCCGUCCGAUAUUUAGUGUCAAACCGAUGUCCUUGGAUGGCCAUGGGCAUAAAAGAACAGCAAGCGGCGACAAGACAGGAUCUACAUCUCCUUCUCUAUUAGAACGUAUGGCCUCUGCUCCGAGACAACCUCGAGCCCUGGAUCGAGCAAUUGAUCGCAAUCCAUUACCACCCCCCGACCCGCCGCCUUCCAUCCCUCCUCCUCCGCCUCCCUUCAGUCCUUCGCGUCCAUCUAGUCGUAGUAACAGUAACUCUUUUACAACUGCUGGUCCUCCACCAGAGAGCACAAUGCCCUCGGCGCGUUCGUCAAUGCCACCUCCGCCAACGCCUGUCUCGGCCACCUCCACUGUUACGACGUUCCCGCCCGCGUUGCCGCCAAAACCAGCGUUCCUCAACCCUCCUAAUGAUUCUUUGAAGAAAGAGUCGCUUACACGCGAGGAGCGCAGGAAGCUUUGGGGGGAACGCAUAGAAUUACUCUUCGAAGCAGGCGCUGCAAAAAGAGCAUACUCUGACUGCGUCACGGACGUCAAAGAGAAACAAGUUUUCACUUCAUCAGAACGAACUGAGCGUCUCGGUGAUGCUGUGCGCGAGAGCAUAACGCGUUCUCUCCAAGCAGCAGAAGCGAAACGUGAAACGGCGCGUUCGCGUUCGUUAUCUACGCAUGAGAAAUUGCUGGAACUCGAUUUUUGGCCUGUCCGUCGACGACCCGAGUUAACCGAACUUGUAAAGAGGGAGGAAGAAGAGAAGGUGAUUGAAGAUGGACAUGCGGAGGUGAAGAAGCAGGCGAGUGAGCUAGGGGACGCGUUGAGUCGGAUUGAUAGGCAGUUGAAGGAGGUGACACAGUUCGUUGCGUCGCGUACAAAGUCUAAUGCUGUGCCAACUUCUACACCGAUGGAUGGGGAACCGACGGACGCGACUGCGCGCGCGACAAAACGGAGGAAGGUUGGAGAGGAUAGCGCAUAUACGAGUGAUUCGGGCUCGACAACGCUGGGUCGUGCGUCUCCCUCCCCCGCUGCAUCUGCGUCUGCAGCCAUCGCACGUCAGCACCGCCAAAUUCGAAAACGACUCACAAAGCUCGAAUCAGACUUCCACGAACUCGAGAACCUCUACAUCCAAUCCGAGCAUGACGCACAAGAGGAGCUCGAGUCGCAGGUAGAUCAUUAUGUCGACACUAGGCGUGAGGAGUUUGUUAAAGAACCGCUCGCGCGGGUUACGCGUUUGGAAAAAAACGUAGAGCGGUUGGACAAGGACGUGAAGGUGAUUGUUGUGGAGCUUACGGAACUUAUUGGUGCCGAGGAGGAAAUGAGGGAGGUGAUGAAUAAUAUUAUGGAGGAGCAGGCUCGUGCAGAGGCAGAGGGUGCCAGGAUCCGUGCAGCUACUGUUGAGAGUAUCUUCCGAGGCAACGAUCUCCAAGAACAACUCGAAGCUCAGCUCAAAGAAUGGGAAAUCGUCAAUGCCAAGCUCGCGUCCCUCGAAAAAGAAAAAGAAAAAGAAAAAAAUAAUUCGUCAUCCCAUCUUCCAUCCCCCGAGUCACCCUCCUCAGAUCCGUCGUUGUCUUUACCACCCGCACACACACCAACACUCCAACAUCUCUUCACUCUCCUCUUUCCGCACGUCCUCGAUGCCAUUCGUACCAAGUUCGUCGUGCCUCACCUUAUUGAAACGAAAGAAGACGUUGUGAAGAUCAUUCGUGAACAGUUACACGAGAACUUACCCCAGGAGGUGGAACUUGUAAGGGAGAAGGUGGAGAAGAUUACAAAAGCACCAGAGGUAAUGACUCUUCUACAGAGUGCUGGUAUGCUAGGCGUAAAUGGCGUUGGUAACGUCAGUAGAGAAGAGGGUGGGCAUGCAGGGUUGAAUGGUCCUCAUACUCAGGUGAACGGGAAAGGGAAAGGGACUAGUGAAUCAACAACAAAUUCACCCCCAAUACCUUAACCCUUGUUCCUUUAUUCACUGCUAUAUUUUCACUUUGAUCCCUAUCGUACUUUGACUUCUCUAUUGUUAUUUACACAUAUUAUAAUCCCUCUUACCCUCAAUUGUUUAUAGAUGUAAGGCCGGAGCCUCACUCAGGAACAC